AGGCAUGGAUGUGUGAGCAAUAUAGGAUUGAGGGGACCAACUGCAUUGCCCAGCCUGGCGAAACUGUGUGACAUCUGUUACUAGUGCAGAUAUUCAUCAGGUUCAUUUCAUCGAGCUUGGUAAUGCUUCCACACAUAAUACAUAUUCGUCCAAGAUUCCCGAAGGUCAAUGACGCGUGGAUGGUUCAGUGAGUUGCUGCUCGCUGCUUCCAGCAUACGUGGUGCAUCAAAAGUGCAGACAAAUGGAGCCCUUCUUGGAAGCGCCCUUCAUCAGAGUGACUUGAGGGUUCUAUUAGAAUGGCUGAUUGAGCAGAUAUGACGGACAUGUCAACGAAGAUGGCACGACAUGAAGCAUAAACAGCCUGCGUGUUGUUGUCAAAGUAGGAGCGGUCGCUUGAUACGUUCGUUCCCGCUCAAUUGCUUGAGUCGAUCCGCAGACAGCAGACACGUUUCGUCUUUGCAGGAAAGAACAAGUGAAGCAAGUGAGUUAAGCGAAUUGGGAGAGAGCCUUUUUUUUCAAGAAAGAAUCUCUUCUCCUUUCUUCGGCUCUACAUCCAUUUCAUCCUUCCUUCUUACUCAUUUCGCUUUCUUAUUUAAUACUCCUUUCAUCGACUCCUCCAUAACGGACACACUCCCCUUUUCUUCCAUCUCCAUCGCAUUCUCUUCCCCACACACUUUUUCUGCCAACGAUCCUCCCUUCCUCAGGCCAAACUUGAUGUUCCAACGGCCAGCUGUCACUCAACGCAUCUCUUAUGUGCUCCGCAAGGACGAGAACAGGAAUGCGCACCUCCUUGGUGUCAAUGCCCUCGCCCUCGACUCUACCACCCUGACAGCAAAUCCACACUCACCCUCACAGGAUGAAUUUCACCACCACUACCGCCACCACGAGAGUCGGCACCAUUCUUCAAAGCAUCGGGUACCUGGAGGUGUCCUCUACACCGGUGGAAGGGAUGGCAUGAUUGCUGCCUGGGAUCUCCACUUUGAGUCACCCGUACCUCGAGAUAUCCCCGGAGAGGCUUCAGAGGAACCAAAGGGUCUACCGCCCUCGACGUUCCGACAAUCUUUCAACCACCAUACAGACUGGGUGAAUGACAUUGUUCUUUGUCACAACGGAGAGACCUUGAUAUCGGCGUCUUCGGAUAGAACCGUCAAGCUGGUGCGACCUCAUUCACAUAACUCAACAGUGGCCCAUAUCAUCGGAACGCACGGGGACUAUGUCAAGACACUAGCGUACGCCUCAGGACCAGGAUGGGUAGCCAGCGGGGGUCUUGACAAGACUGUGAACAUUUGGGACAUCAAGGAAGGACGAAGUGGACAAUUUGGAUCUCUUGGAAGCAUUCCAGAGACAUCUUCGAAGGCAUCUAUCUAUGCACUAGCGUGUAAUCCUGCAGGAACCGUGCUGGCAACUGGUUCUCCAGAGAAGAUCAUCAGAGUCUGGGAUCCAAGGUCGGGACAGCGGAUAACGAAGUUCGCAGGACAUACGGACAACAUUCGAGCAAUUUUGAUCAGUGAGAGUGGAGAUACAAUUUUGUCCGCGUCCUCAGAUACGACCAUCAAGCUUUGGUCGCUUACUGCGCAACGGUGUAUUACAACAUUUACGAUGCACUCGGAUUCUGUGUGGUCGCUGCAUUCGGAUCAUCCUCAGCUGGCUACUUUUUAUGGAGGUGGAAAGGACGGCCUGGUCACUAAAACCGAGAUCAACCGGUAUAACUCUCACCAUCAUAACGACUACGAGGACGAAGACCCAGGCCAAUGCGUGGUCAUCUGCAAAGCUGAGACCGGCGUAGCAAGGUUGGUAGCGCACGACGAUGCACGUAUCUGGACCGCAACCUCGUCAAGCAGUGUCUAUCAGUGGCCGGACAUUCCAACGCGGUCGAACCGAUCGCACGAGUUGACAGCCUCAAUUGUACCGGCUAACCUGCUUAAGAUGAACUUGAACGAGUCGACAUUCAUGGAACCGAUUCCCGAACAUUACUAUCCAACCUCCACUGUCUACUCGGCAGCGUCAUUGGGAUCGCUAUUUAUCAACAAUCGUGAUAAGCAGAGUCAACACAGCUCUGAGGACGACGAGGGCUUGAUCACACCUAUAUUCGAAGGACCCGAAAAUGUUAUCGAGGGAGAGCACGGACUAAUCAAGCACACGCUAUUGAAUAACCGCCGCAUGGUCGUUACUGAGGAUAAAUGCGGUGAAGUGGCACUGUGGGACAUUAUAAAGUGUGUCCAACUGGAAACAUUUACAGGGCGCAAGCUGGAGGAUGUCGUGAAUGAACUCAACACAAUCGAGUCAGUCCCGACAUGGUGCACAAUCGACACGCGAAUCGGAGCAUUGACUGUGCACCUGGAUGAGGCGCGCUGCUUUGAUGCAGAGGUUUACGUUGAUGAGAUUGAGAAGACACCGGAUCCAGAGCGACCCGAAGAUCAAAGAAUUAUCAUCGGCAAGUGGGUUCUGAAGAAUCUCUUUGAAAGCUACAUUCCAGUUCAUAUUGAUGCGUAUGAGAAGGAGGCAUACAGGAUCCAGCAUCAGGAUGAUCCAUCAGCCCAAGUCUUGGUCCCGACAACGGUUGUUACCAAUGAGAGAAACGAAGUUAUUGACGGAGGCAACAAUGCUCAGGCAGAUGACUCGAACACAGCAUCAAACGCUCGACCCACUAUCAACACUUCGCCUGAGGGCUUGAAAAGAGAACGUACGGACCAGCCAACGUCAUCAGGGGAGGCCUCCAAGGCCAAUUCCACUCCAUCCAUGCCUCAAGACAACUCGCAGCAGCCGCAGCAGUCUACCGGAACAGCCCCAAGCUCCUCUAGUUCUCCGAAACAGGGACCAACAUCGACCUCUUCAACAGUAGCGGCAGUGACAAAGCUCAUUGCACCGCCCUCUUCGUCCAACUCAUCCUCAGUCUCUUCGACUCCGCUUUCGCCUGCAAAUGCAAAUUCGGGCUCCAGCAACGGAUUCAUGGGACGACUGAAGCAUUCUGUGAAGAAACUUGCACGGACGCCUAGUGCAGAGCAGAGAUUCGAGAACGGACGCCCAGUCACUUCAAGGAAGAGUUUUUCAAUCCCGACAAGCGCUACAUCUGCAUCGAAGGCGCCUCACAGCCCUUCUAUCCCUGAGAAUCCGUCACCGUCUUUACCGACGGUGACCACUACCUCUGCGUUGACUGGAUCUGCAGCGGGAGGAGCGGCGGGAACAGCAUUAGGAACUGCCACUGCCACUGCCACUGCCACUACAACAGAAGCAGGAAUAAGAACAGGAACAACAACAGGAACAACAACAGGAACAGGAACUGGAAUUGGAACAGGAGCUACGACCUCAGCGGCAUCAUCGCCGAGAACUACGAUUGUCGAGGGCACACCCACAGUGGGACCUUUUGGACCUGAGGCGACGAAACCUGAGGACGACCAGUCGAGUGUGGACACGAGUUCAUCGAACUCUGUAGAGUCAAUGCCGAGCACGGUGAUGCAACUGCCUUCAUCGACGAUCAGUGUACGUCCUCCUCAUCCGCCCUUCACUCCGCCCACACAUCUGGAUUGCCCAGCGAUCGAGAUCCCAGCCCAUAUCCCGGUGAUCAUCUCCGAGCAGUCACGCGAGGCGUCGUCUUCAGUAGACUUGUAUCGUGGUAGUGUCGGCUCUUUAGCCCAGGAUUAUGUGCCACUGGUGCAGGUCAUCCCUACAUGGCUACUAGAUAUGCUGUUGAAGAACAUGAUUCCCAUGAAGGAGGGCGCAAAGGUUUCAUUCGUGCUGCGUCCACAUCAUGAUCAGGAAAUGGCGGCUGCACCAGGAGGACCGGGCAGGCUGGGUGAAUUGCCUGGCGGCAACCCUCGUUUGACGGCACCGCGCAUGCUGAGGGUGAGAAAGGUAGUCACGCAUGUGGUCGACAAGAUGGCGCUUACACCGCCAGAGAGGAUCUUUGUUGCUACUGUCGCGCCUUUGUCAGCAGGUGCUGAGGUUGGUCAACAGGAUGAUGCACAGGCACGCUUACCACUGGAACCGGUUAGGGAAGAUUCAAAGGAAGAUAGCGACUAUCCCAUUCUUCCUCCUCGGACAUCUAGUAUCAUUAGACCAUCAGACCCCGAUACCUUAGAAUCAUCGAGAGCUUCUGUGUCAAGAACACAACCAUCCAGCGACGGCACCGACGGACCUGUACAAACAUCACCCAGUAAUGCUUCUUUCGAGCAAGCGCAGGAGACUGUGAAACCCCCCAAAACGAAGGAGGAAGAAGAAGAGGAGGAGUAUAUGAGACAAGAGAUGCUGCGUCCGGAGAACUGGCUCGAGAUUUUGUGCAAUGACCAGGUUCUGUCACCGACGACGACGUUGGCGACUAUCCGCACGCAUUACUGGAAAACAGGAAGUGAUGUUGUACUGACGUAUCGGUACAAGCACCACACGCAUUCCCGAGCUGUCAGUACGAGCGCCAACGUUUUAGCAGCAGCGCAAUGAAGAGCGGAACGACAUUUUCUUUGGUCAAAGUGAAUGAACCUAUCUACUACCUAUCACGCUUAAAAAAAGAAUUGUAAUAAAUCUGACAGGGGAUAUCACAAGGCAAGA